AUUUGCCCCACGGCAGCACGCUCCCUUCGGCAACAAAGUCAUUAUGCCGACCAAAUCUCUAUUGGAGCUUGUCGCUGAGCUUCCCGUUCGCGAUGGCUGGGGCCCUCCGGUGACGGAGGAGACCAUGCUGGAUGGUGUCCCGUAUGCGCCUUAUUCGAAGGGCGACAAACUUGGACGCAUGGCCGAUUGGACCGAAGGCAAGGACAGAGAUCGAGGACGCCAACAAUUUGACCAACAAGUCUAUGGAGCCAACCAACAAACCAAUCCUUUCGCAAUCCAGGCGGCCGAAGAGGAGGCUACUUUCUCCGUCGUAGACAAUACCAGAACAUCUGCUAGGACCAGAGGAUUUGGAAGAGGUGGAGGCACUGUAUUCCGCGGGCGUGGACAGCGGGGCGGCGCGGCGCAGAGGGGUGGGCGGGGUACGUUCCAGCGAGUUGGUGGUCGCGGGCAACAAUACGAUAACCGUGGUGGACGAGGCGGAAGGGGAGGACGCCGCUUUGGCUGGAGAGACGACAAACCGCAGCGCAACCGCGACGCUUCUGUACAGGUCAAACCCGAUUGGAAUGUACUCGAGGAGAUCGACUUUACCCGCCUUGCUAAGUUGAACCUCGAUACCGGCGAUGGCGAGGAUCUGGACAGCUACGGUUUCCUCUACUACUACGACCGCAGCUACGAUAAGCAGCCGGGAGCGCCCACCUCGCAGCGGAAACUUAACGUUCUCGAACGUGCGGCCUAUAACGUCACUACAUCGAGUGAUCCGAUCAUUCAAGAGCUUGCUGAGAAGGACGAGGCCACUAUCUUUGCCACGGAUAACAUAUUGUCGAUGCUGAUGUGCGCCACGAAGUCAGUGUACUCUUGGGAUAUGGUCAUUACGCGGAGAGGAAACAAAGUUUUCAUUGACAAGCGCGACAACUCCCCUCUGGACAUGGUUACCGUCAAUGAGAACGCUACAGAUGCCCCGCUUGAGAUCUCAGAAGGCAACAAGGAUUCCAUAAACAGCCCGGGCGCGCUCAUGCUCGAAGCUACUCACAUCAACAAUGUGUUCCCUCUUCAGGUCGUGAACGAAUCUCAGAAGCUCAGCAUGCCUCACGAGCACCCCUUCUAUAACGAGGAAGUUGAAACCGACCCUCCUGCGUCCAAGGCAUACAGGUACCGCCGCUUCGAUCUUUCUUUGGAAAGAGAUGAGGAGCCCCUGCACUUGAUCGUCCGUACUGAACUUGACGCUGUUGUCAAGAACAACAUCAAUGGCGAGGACCAGUUCCUGACCAUCAAGGCACUCAACGAGUUCGAUAACAAGGCGCAGGGUAGUGGUGGCGCGCUUGACUGGCGGACGAAGCUGGCCAGCCAGAGAGGUGCUGUCCUCGCCACCGAAAUGAAGAACAACAGCUGCAAGUUGGCCAGGUGGACUGUGCAGAGUAUCCUCGCCAAAGCGGAUGCCAUGAAACUCGGAUUCGUCUCUCGGUCCAACCCGAAGAACAACAAUGACCAUGUCAUUCUAGGCGUUCUCUCGAACAAGCCCCGUGACUUCGCUGCUCAGAUGGCUCUUAACUUGAACAACGGCUGGGGUAUCGUCCGCACCAUCGUUGACAUGAUCCUCAAGAUGGAUGAAGGCAAAUACGUCCUCGUCAAGGAUCCUAACAAGCCUGUCCUCCGUCUCUAUGCUGUCCCUGAGAACACCUUCGAGGAGGAGGCUGAGGAGGCCCAGCUCCCAGAGGAGGCUGACGAGGAGUAAGCAUACAAUUGGCGUGGAUUUCCGGGUAAUACAUAGACUUCCUAAAUUUGCACGCACCUGAUACAGGCGGCUUUCAAUGUUGGCUUAGGGGGUAAACAAAAGCAUACCUUCGACAGCAAGGUGUAUAGCAUGAGUUUAUGACCAAAAUGAGAGCUACAUGGAUUUGGGGCGUAGGGCAUUGGCUUAGUGUAGCUGUUAUGAAAUAUAUGGAGCUCCACAUUAUAUUGCGCGUUGAAAA